AUGGACGCCGCCGCCAACGCAAUCAAUAAGCUUCUCUCCGGCUCAGGUCAGCAAAAACCCACCGCUCCUGCUACCCAGCAAGAAGCCGCCCCAGCAGUCUCAACAGAAGUUGACACCACCACCACGACAGGCGCCAAAGACGUCACCGUCGAACAAGAGAUCGCUCCCGCAGUCGAGCAUGAGACAGUGAAGCGCGAGCACGAGACGCGCGAACAGGCCGUAAUCGAUCGUGAGAGGCACCAAGAUCACUACCACACAACAAUCCAACCUCUCCAAGACCGUGAAGUCGAGCCCACACGCCAUGACCACAAAACCGAAGCAGUCGAAGAACGAAAAAUCAACAAAGAUUCCCAAGGUGAAGCCGUGAAAGCGCAAGUCGCCGCCGAGCGGUCUCAGUUCAAGUCUACAACCUCCGAAGCCGCGACGAAGGAGAGCAAAGCGAAAGAAGCGACCAUCGAAGGCGAGACUGUGCACCACCACUUGCACGAGACAAUUCAGCCGGUAAUUGAGAAGGAGAGAGUGAUUCCUGAGGUUACCCAUGUAACGAAGCCGGUGCAUGAGGUGGUUAAGGAGCAGUCUGUAGACUUGGGGGUGACGAAGGCGAAGCCAAUAAGUGUGGAUCAAUUCCAGGGCAAGUUGUCGGGCGAGAGCAAGACGGAGGUGAUUCAUAAUGGGGGACAUGCUGUGAGUGCUAAGACGGGGGUGACGACAAAGAAGGAUUAA